AUGAGCGACGUCAGCAGGUGGCAAUCAGCGGCAGCGACGGGCAAACCUGGUCGUCGGGCGCCUGGCAGCGCGCCUGCUGUCGCCGCAGCGUCUCCCUUCGAUCUCUCCUCUUCCGCCACUCCUUCUCCUCCGCUCGCCUCCUUGCGCCCGGUACCGCCGCAGAUCCCUCUCGCCCCGCGCGCGCCCCACCAUCCCGCCGCAGAUAAGCCGCUGGCUUCCGCUCAUCCCACGCGCUCCCUGUCAUCGUCGCAGCCGCACAGCAAAUCCCGCCGUCUGCCCUUCCGCUUCCCCGCGCGCGCCGUGUCCCCCAAGGCGCGCGCGCUCUGCCACUACGCCGCGCUCACCGUCGCCGCCGCCCUCUUUCUCGUCGUGUGGAUCGCCUUCCAGCCCGACGCGCCCCCCCUGCCCGACGCCCGUGACUCCAAUGGGGGCGCCGUCCCACACCGCCGCUCGCAUGAAGCGCUACGAGGCUGCCCGGUGUGCGGCCGCGGCGAGGUCAAGCUGCCGCCGUUGGUGCGCCCGCUGUCCGCGCGCGGCGCCAAGGUGCGCCUCUGCAUGGGCAGCGCCGCCGCUCCGUUCGCGCAGGGCACGUUCGUGAGCCCCGAGGAGGCGCGCGACGGGGCGAGCUUCGGCAGCCGGUUCGCGCAGCUGACGGUGUUCGAGGCGGAGGCGCUGCACGAGGCGGCGGACGGCGCGGGGGGCGCGCGCGGAGGCGGCGGGAAGGCGGGGCGGCAGGGGCAGGGAGGGGCGGCGGCGAUGACGACGUGGGUGCGGCUGCUGGCGUUCCUGGAGGACGAGGAGUCGAUCCGCAAGACGCAGUGGGAUGGGUGGGGCGCGGCGGAGCUGAGCGACGUGUACUGGCGGGGCGCGCUGGCCGUGAAGUGCCUGGUGUGGCCGGGCCACGACCCCGCCCUGCACAGUGUGGCGCCCGCCGUGGUGGUGGACGCCGUGGUGCGCCACCGCCACCCCUGGCACAUCGCCCUCGAAUGCCCCCUCCCGCCCUUCGCCCCCCCGCCUUCCCCCUCCUCCUCCUCGCCUCCUGCGGACACUUCUGCGGACCCCUCGGAAGACGCGGCAGUGCCGGUGCGCGUGAGGGUGAGUCGGCGGGAGGCGCGGCGGCACUACGUGGAGUACGGGCAGCGCCUGCAGGUGCAGCUGGUGGCGGCCCGCAACGGCUCCGACCUGCGCAUGCCGCCACUGCUGCUCUGCCGUGCUGAUGGUGAUGGCGACGGCGGUGGCGACGGCAGUGAGGGCCUCAUCGACCCCGGCAGCCGCGCCCCACCGUUCCCCUUCGCUGCCGUGGAGAGGGAGGUGGCUGCCGCCGCUAAUGCAGGCUCAGGAGGAGGCUCGGAACUGGCGAGACUGAUGGGGGGGGAUGCGGGAGGAGUGGGGGGCAAAGCGAGGAUGAAAGGAGCGGGGAAAGGGGAGGGCGCGGGGGCGGAGGGGGGCAGUGCGGAGGAGAUGCUGGUGGAGUAUGGGGAGGACGCCGCCACGCAGGAGCAGGGGGGCAGCACCACUGCACACAGCAGCAGCAACAGUGGGGGCGGCAGGAGGAGGGCGAUGGGGGCGGUGGCGAUCUGCCUGCGCCCGUUCCACACGCGGCAGCUCUUCUCGCUGGACGUGGCCUUCUCCCACGCGCGCCUGCUGGAGUGGAUCGACGCGGCGCUGCUGAUGGGCGUGGAGCGCGUGUACGUGUACGACCGCCACGCCACCGCCAUCACCGCCCUGCUCGCGCCCUACAUGGAGCGCGGGCAGGUGCAGCACGUGCCCUUCCCUCCCUGGAGCGAGGUCUUCUUCCGCCACGCCCUCUACGCUGGCAAGGCCCGCGUGCCGUACCUGGUGAGUGCCGUACCUGGUGAGUGCCGUACCUGCAAUGCCCCUCUCGACCAUGCCCCUCUGUCCCCCCCCAUGCCCCUCUCUCUCUCUCAUGCCCCUUUCUCUCAUGCCCCCCUCUCUCUCAUGCCCCCCUCUCUCUCAUGCCCCCCUCUCUCUCAUGCCCCUCUCUCUCUUACAACCCCUGACGCUCACCCUUUUCCCGAUGCCACACUCCUCUCCCUCUCGCCCCACCUCCCCCUCAAGGAGCCCCUGCGGGUGAUUCAGCUGCGGCGCUUCAACUUCUGGGGGGUGGAGGCGGAGUCGCGGUGCGAGCCGGUGUUGGACCGCCUGACGUGGCGCUGCGCUCAGCCCAUGUGGCACACGGAGGGGUGGGCGGGCUGGCAUGACAAGCUCGCUGUCAACCCGCAAACCAUCCUGCCCUACUCGGUGGCGAUCCACACCACCACGGCGCCCCCGGAGUCGGUGGCAACGGCGCCGCGGGACGUGCUGCACCUGAACCACUUCACGGCGACGGCCAUCGACCUCGCGCAGCACCCCUGCCGCUCCUGGGUCAAGCCCGUGCUGGACCAAGGCCUCACGUGGGUCACCCCGCGCGCCCUCAAGUGCCGCGCCCUGCCCUGCCGCCGCUCCACGCCCCUCGAGUGCUGGCCCUUCUGCAUUCUGCCGUGGCAGGGGGACGACGAUGGCAGGAGGGGCGACGGGUGGCUAAGACAGAAGGUGUGGAGAAUGGGGAGGGAGAGAAGAGCAAGGAGCCUGCGGAAGAUACCAUGUAACUGA